AUGUUCGCAGAAGCCCGUUAUCCCAAAACGAGCGCAGAGAACACGAAUGACGACGAUUCCAGAUCCCGUUCGAGUUCACUGAUGCUGCCGGUCAGCAACAUCCCGCAAUCCACGGGACUCCUGAUAGGUGACAGCAUGGGCUCACUCAAUCCUCGUGCAAUUUCACGGUCACGAACAAGAGAACAGAGCCAUGCCUUGUUCAUAAAUGAUAUUUAUGACGGAGACUUGGAUGACGAUGACGAUUUGGAGAUAAUCAUGACCGAGGAUGUGCCCGAUGCCGCUAUGAAAAAGUUCCGCCUCAACGACGGAGUCAAGUUUGUGCCACACAUCAAAACUGAGCCUAUCAAGCAGGAGGGCCUCGAUGACCAUACGAUCUCCGGAGGCCAUGAUUCUAGACAUGACUCCAAGAUCUCUGGUCGUCUCACAUACACCGGUGGUCACGACAAAUCUAUGCCAAUUGACCUAACCCAGACCCCCGAGACAACUGACUACCAGCCUACGGAUGUCGUCUUUUUAACUGACGAUGAAGAGGACUCCAAAGAAGACCUGCAUGUGAUAGACCUGUCGGACGACGAAAACAUCAGACCACCAAUCUCAUCCGCUGGCCAACAAUCGACAUCCCAAGGCAAGGACAAGAUUCAACAUAUCGACCUGGAUGACGACACCGUUAGCAAUGUUGCCGUGGUGCGUCUUAAUUUGCAGACGGUGCGCAAAGAGUAUAUUCAGUUGACGAGCAAAAGAGACAAGUUGAAAGCCAAGGAGGCACAAGGCAUCUUGUGCCGGGAGGACACCAAGCUUCUAGAGAAACUAGAGGAAGGAAUCUCUGAGAGAGAAAAAAUUAUCAAUGACAACGAAGGCGACGAUGGCUCCAGUGACUCAGAUGAUGACGAGUUCGACGAUUUUGACGAUUAUGCUACCAACGACCAUGUUGAUGAAGCAGAAAACGGCUUAGACGAGGAAGACACCGGCGGAAAAUAUGUCGAGGACGACCCAGAAGAUGAAUAUUACGAACAAACGAAUGAAAUCGAUGAUGAUGAUGAUGAUGGCGACGACGAAUACCUGCCGACCGAGACCAAGAAUACGAAGAAGAGGAAGCGAGUCGCCAAGAGCCAGGCUCCCAGGUCUAAAAGGGUGUCUGGUAUUUCAGCCAAAACGCAGAAGACUAAGAAGCCCAAGACCAAGCGAAGCAAGAAGCAGCAGGGCUCGCGGCCGGCAUCAGCACAAGAGUGGUGGAAAAGGGAAUACGAAAAGAAUUCGGAAGCAGACGCGAUUCCAAACUUUCUCGUACCCAACGGCCGCACGAACCCCAAGCAAGCGGCAACAUGGCAGCCCGGCGGAGCUCAUGACGAACAAGUGCUCGACAUGCUAAAAGAUAUUGACCCCGUUAAUGCUCGCGCAGCAAUGGACACCACUCUGUUUCUGGACGAGGGCACUGCCACAACGCGCCAGGCUCAAGAGGCUCAACUGAAAGCCAACUUGAAGAUUAUCAACGAUAGCAUGGUCCAGAAGGACGCUAGAAAGGAAAUGUCACUGCUGAAGAAAGCAAUGGGCUCUUUCGGCCAUGGCAAAUGCAAAAUUACGAACGGAAGGUAUCUGCUUCCAGGAAUGAACACUCCUCUAUUCAACCACCAGCUAGUGGGCGUUCACUUCAUGCUCGGCAAGGAAUUCUCACCUCUGGGCCCUUACGGUGGUAUCCUUGCCGAUCAGAUGGGACUAGGAAAAACGGUUCAGAUGCUGGCUUGCAUGGCUCAGAAUCAAGGGGAUGGCCCCACGCUCAUAGUAGCCCCUGCAGCAGCUAUUGAGCAGUGGAAGUCUGAACUGAAGCGGCAUUGCACUUUUGCUACACGGAUCUGGCAGUACAGUGACAAAAAUGCAAACCAAGAUCCCGAGACGUUGAAAGAGGAGAAGGUCGUCAUCGCCAGUUAUCAGGCAAUCGCACAAGCAUUCCCCUCUGAUGAGGCACUGCGGCGUAUCGGCGGCAUGAAACUCGGUCUGGACGAAUGGCGGGAUCAAUUAACAGGGGAAAUGGGUGAUGCUUUUCUUGUCGACUGGCAUCGAGUGGUUCUAGAUGAGGCUCACGCCAUCAAAAACCACCUCUCAAGGACUUCAAAGGCUUGCGUUCACCUGCGGAGCAAACAUCGGUGGGCUCUGACCGGCACACCGAUACACAACUCUAUUGAGGAACUUUACCCUUAUAUGAGGUUUCUGAAAGUCGAAUGGGCUGCAGACAUGCACGAAUUCAAAAAGAAGUUCGGCAGAACCCCCGGUGACGACGAGAGCGAAAAAGCCAGGCUGGCUGCCGUGGUCCCUUCGCUCAUGAUCCGAAGACGUGUCCACGACACGUUCAUGGGACAGCCCAUCCUCCGCAUUCCGCCUACUCAUCCGGUCAAAACCAUCUCUGUCGAGCUCUCAACGGAAGAAAACUUGAUCUAUCGCCGACUGGAAGCUCGCUUCCGUGAUAACCUGAACAGCCACAUCAAGGAAGGCGUCAACACCAAGAAAAUGCGCACCUAUUUUACCUACCUCACACGCCUGAGACAAUGUACUUCGCAUCCAUUCCUGCUUGAGACAUCUUUGAGGCGGGACUUUGAGUUGGAGGAUAUUGUUUGGCUUCGUCAGCAGUUGGCCGAAGUUGGCGGGCAAACCCCUCUGCGUACUCACAUCAGCAAAUGGAUAAACGACGAGGAAGCCCGCAGGCUCGAGAAAGACAACAAUGGAGACGGAGGCAUGGAUUUUGGAACGACCGACCUUGGCAAGAGUGCCUUUGGCGGAUUGUUUGAGAUGGACGAGCAGCUGGAGCGAAUCGAAGCCGAGAAGACAGCCGAGGACCAUAUUUGUCGAUCAUGCACCGAGCUGGCCCAAGACAGUCAAAUUACAGAGCCAUGUGGUCAUAGUUUCUGUAUGGACUGCAUCGAGCCGGUAGUUCACAACGCUGAGAUCUCGAACCAAGAGCCAAAGUGCCCCCAUUGUUCGACUGUGGUGAAAAGGUACAAGCGAAUGCCAAAGCCCGUCAGUAGAAACAAGGGCUAUGACGAAGACACCGACGCUGAGGCAGUGGAACAGCCGGAUGAGUCAGUCCGGGCCCCUGGCAAGCGCAAGAAGAAAGCACGCACCAAGAAGGGCCCUGAACCCGGCGAUGACGCCCAAGGACUUCAACCUAGGUCUCCAGACAUCACCAAGUUUCUCGAGCUUUGUGACAGGACACCGGAUAAGCCAGUCACACCUAGCGCCAAGACCACGGCUAUCAAGAUGCAGGUUCUCGAAUGGCUUCACAAGUAUCCAGAUGACAAAAUAAUUAGUGAGAUCCGUGCCUCGAGCUUUGCACUUUUGCUCCCCCUGACGCUCCGCGUUGUGAUUGCAUCCACAAGGUGCGGUGGCCAGGCCCUCAAUCUGACGGCUGCCAACCGAGUCAUCCUCGUGGACCUGUGGUGGAACACGGCAGUCGAACGCCAGGCGUUUGGUCGCGUGCACCGCAUCGGGCAGACCAAAGACACGUACUAUGUCAAGAUCGUUACUCGCAAGACCAUCGACGAGCGCCUGCUCGACAUGCAGGGAGAGAAGGACGCCAGAAUCUCCGAAACGCUGCAGGAUGGCGAGCGCAAGGCGAAGCCGCUCACCUAUGCUGACAUCCGCUACCUCAUCGCCGGAGACGACGACGAUAACAACCUUAAAAUUGACCGACACAGAGACCGUAAUGAUGACGCGACUGUGGGUGGUAAUUCAGACCAGCGCGAAGAAGACAUUUCUUCUGAUGAUGAGGGCGGCAAUGGUGUAAGUGCCGCCGUUCGCCAAGGCCAGAAGCGGCCGUUGGGGGCCGGCGCAGACACCCAAAAGGCCGUCAAAAGGAGGCGCCCGUCUAAACGCGGGCCCAAGUCAAACUCCAGAGCCACAAACGAGGACUCUGGGGAGGACAAGGGCCCAGGAGGUAGCCAGGAAGAAGGUACUGACGAGUCCCAGGGUGGCCUGGAGCCGACUGACGGCCCUGACGAACCCGAUGGGUCCGCUAGUGACAACGGCGUGAUAUACGACCCUGAAGGAGCCUACGACUCCGACUUGCCGCGUCCCAGCAUUGAGGGAAGCAUAGAUCCUACUGAUACCUCUGUUGCUUUUGAGGAUCUUGGCGGAGACUUUGCUGUGAAGGAGAUAGAGAAUCGCGAGGUUCCGGUCUCAGACUCGAAUCCUUUUGUUGACGACGCCUCAGAUUCGGAGGAAGAUUGA